AUUCCAAUGGCAGAGAGUUCUUCGUCAUUAGCUGUGUCCACUUCUCCCACUAAGUAUGAUGUGUUUCUGAGCUUCAGAGGAGAAGAUACGCGUUACAAUUUCAUCAGUCACUUUUAUGACGCACUGCACAGGAACCACAUCGAAGCAUAUAUGGAUCAGAGAUUACAAAGAGGCGAAGAAAUUUCGCCUGCACUCCAAACUGCGAUAGAAGAAUCAAAGAUCUAUGUCCUCGUUUUCUCCGAAAACUAUGCAUCUUCCACGUGGUGCUUGAAUGAACUGAUUAAGAUACUUAACUGCAAGAAGAUAUAUGAAAGGGAUGUGAUACCUGUUUUCUACAAAGUGGAUCCAUCAACUGUCAGGAAGCAGGAAGAAAGAUACAAAGCAGCUUUCGAUGAGCAUGAACAGCGGUUUAAAGACGACAUGGACAAAGUGCAAAGAUGGAAGGAUGCUCUAACCGAAGCUUCUGGACUCUCCGGUUGGGAUUCAAACGUUAUCAGGUCAGAAAACACACUUGUUGAAGAAAUUGUGAAAGAUAUUGUGAAAAAAUUGGAUCUUUAUUCCAUUAGUUAUGAUCAAGGAAUUAUCGGCAUUGAUAAACAUAUUGAAAGAAUUCGAUUCUUGAUGCAUUUUGAGUCAACAGAUAUUCGGAUCAUAGGAAUUUGUGGCAUGGGAGGAAUAGGAAAAACUACAAUUUCUGAACAAAUAUAUCACACAUUUGCAAAGCAAUUUGAUUCCAGAAGUCUUGUUUUAGACACUCAACAAAAAAUAGAAAGAGAUGGAAUAGACACUGUCAGAGAAAAAUACAUGUCCGAGUACAGUGAAAGACUCAAACGAAAGAAGAUUCUCAUAAUUCUUGAUGAUGUUACCGAUUCAGUUCAACCUAAACAAUUGUUAGGAAGGUGUGAUAGUUUCGGACAAGGCAGUAGAAUCAUUAUAACCAGCAGAGACAAACAAGUGUUAAAGAAUGUUGGAGCUGAUGACAUCUACGAAGUUGAGAAGUUGAAUGAACUCAAUUCCCUAAAACUUUUUACUUUACAUGCUUUUAAACAAAACUCUUCACAGGAAACAACGUACAUGGACUUGGUAGAAGAGGUGUUGAGAUAUGCCAAAGGAAUUCCAUUAGCUCUCCAAAUUUUGGGCUCAUUACUUUAUGGCAGAACAAGAGAAGCAUGGGAAAGUGAGUUACAAAAGUUGAAAAAAUGCCAACAUCUUAAAAUUUUUAGUAUAUUAAAAUUAAGUUAUGAUGGGCUUGAUGACGAGGAGAAGAAUAUAUUUCUUGACAUAACUUGCUUUUAUAGGGGACACCACGAGAGUGAGGUAGUAGAAAGACUAGAUGACUGUGAUUUUUCUUCUACGAUUGGAAUGGAUGUUCUCAAAGACAGAUGUCUAAUAUCUAUCUCUAAUGGUAGAAUUGAAAUGCACGAUCUAAUACAAGAAAUGGGUAAAGAAAUUGUUCGUCAAGAGUGUCCUCAAUAUCAUGAAAAACGCAGUCGGUUGUUUAAGGUUAACGAAAUUCAUGAGGUUUUAAAAAAGAACAAGGGGUUAGAUGCAAUUCAGUGUAUCUUACUACAUUUGAGGGAAAUAAAAGAAGUUAUAAUACAUGGACAAGCUUUCGAAAAGAUGGAUAAUCUUAGGAUGCUUAUAGUCAAUGAUUAUGAAGAUCUACACAAAUCCAAAGUGGUUCUUGCAUCAUCUCUUGUAAGUCUGCCAGACACUUUAAAGAUUCUUUUUUGGAAAGAUUUUCCUCAAAGAUCUUUACCACCGAACUUUUGUCCAGAAAAUCUAGUGAGACUCGAAAUGCCAAACUGCCAUCUUGAACAACUUUGGGAAGAAGAUCAGAGUUUACCCAAGUUGAAAAGGCUCAACCUGAGUUAUUCUCAGAAACUUACUAGAAUACAAGACCUUUCCCUGUCCCCAAAUAUUGAAGAAAUAAUUCUGAAUGAUUGUCCAAAGUUGAUUAAAGUUCACUCUUCCAUAUUACUCACCAAGCUCACUUGUUUAAGUUUAGAUAGAUGUCAUAAUCUCAAUAGUGUAACUGUUCCCUGCAAUAUUCUAUCCAGAUCACCAGGAUACAUUAAUCUUUCCUGGUGUCCCAAGCUUGUAAUGUUUUCAAUCGGUCAAACCCAAAUAUGUUAUUCUCCACCAUCGUCAUCAUCAAUCUGUUCAAUGUUCCCUCAUGCGAAACUGGCGAGUCAAUUGCAUCAUUCCAUAAAGGCGAACUUGGCUAGACGUAAAAAUCUCAGAAGAUCCUGUUACAGUCCAAUUUUCUCCAUUACUUUUGACCGAUCUUGGGAAGCAGAUGAAGAAAAACAAUUGACUAAUAAUAAUAAAUACGCAUAUGAUGAAAUGCGACUCACUGGAGGUCUACCCUUAAACUUUCUCAAGAAUCUCUGUUUCAUAAAUCUCUCGAACUGUUUUUCCCUUACAAUAUUUCCAUUUGACCUUUCUGAGAUGAAAUUCCUAAAGAAACUUUAUCUCUGUGGUUGCUUAAAAUUGCAAAAUUUCCCCGAGGGCACAAUGGAAAAUUUAGCAGUAGGGCUUCAAGAACUGAGUUUGCGCAGUUGCUGGAAUCUUGAGAGUAUUCCAUCUUCCAUUGGAAGGCUCACCAGACUAUGCACGUUAGACCUUUCCUACUGUGAAUCACUUCAAACUUUUCCAAGCACCAUUUUCAAAUUGAAGUUGAGGAAACUUGAUUUGUGUGGUUGCUUAAGGUUGAGGACCUUCCCAGAGAUCACGGAGCAGACACAAACUUUUGCUCACAUAAACUUAACAGAAACGGCUAUCAAAGAUCUGCCUUCCUCAUUUGGCAAUUUAGUUAAUCUUCGAUCCCUGCAGCUCAACAAAUGCAUGGAUCUUGAAUCACUCCCAAACUCCAUUGUUAAUCUAAAACAUCUCUGUAAACUUGAUUGUUCGGGGUGUGCCAAAUUAACAGAAAUCCCAACACACAUUGGUAGCCUGUCGUCAUUAAUGGAACUGUCACUGAGUGAGAGCGGAAUCGUGAACCUUCCUGAAAGCAUUGCUCAUCUUUUAAGCUUGAAAUCACUUGAUUUAAGUGGCUGCAAAAAUCUUGAAUGCAUCCCACAGAUUCCACCGUCUCUAAACCAACUGGUGGCAUUAGAUAGCCUAUCCAUUAGACAAGUGAUGUCAAAUCGAAACCUCUCAGAGUCAAAGGAGGGUGUCUUCAAAUUUUAUUUCACCAAUGCCCAACAACUGGAUUCAGGUGCUCGUGCUAACAUUGAGGAAGAUGCAAGGCUCAGGAUGACCGAUGAUACAUAUAAGUGUGUGGUCUUCUGUUUUCCAGGGAGUGCAGUUCCUCAUUGGUUCCCUUUUCGCAAUAAAGGACCUUCAGUGAGUAUAAAUGAAGAUUUAAGUUUCUGCAGCGAUGACAGGCUCAUUGGUUUCACUUUGUGUGUGGUUUUUGGAUUGUUAGAUACGAAUGAUAUUAAAAGCAGAUACGGUUCUUUUGGCUACAACCUAAAAUUUGAAUGUGAUGAUGAUGGCACACAGAUAAUUCCAAAUAAUGAUGUGUUAAACAACUAUUUCACAUGGGGUUAUAGUCCCGGACUCCUUGAUAAAGAUCACAUAUUUAUGUGGAAAUUUAACUUGGAGAGUAUAAGGAGGAGCGGCAUGAACCUUAGGCUCAGUGAUGCUCGCAGCUUCACUUUUGAGAUCAGUCCAUAUGAUUAUAACUUUCAGUGGCCAGAUUACGACUCAGUUGUGAAUGAGUUAAAAUCAGUUGUGACAAUAAAAGAAUGCGGAAUGUGCCCUCUUUAUAGCAGCCGAAGCAAUGUUGCAGAGUCUUCAAGGGAAACAAAGGAGGAUAGGAAGAGGAAGGCCGAAAGCGACUUAGUGGGCUAGUCUCUUGCUCUUUUGCUAAUUGGUCUUCUCUUGGUGAGUUCCUUCAGACAAGAUUUUGUAAGUUAUUGUUAGAUAGGGUUUGAUGUAGACGUAAGUUGGGUUGCUCCGUUGUCCCAAAGUUACAUUUUGUUGAAACUCUUUAUGUAUGGGCUUCGUUAACUUCUUUAGCAUAUUUAGCUUUCAUUUGCAGCGAAGGCAUUAUGAAAUCUUGAAGAGAGACAUUUGAAAGGGUAAUUCGUAAUUAUUAUCGUAUGGAUUUCUCAGUUGCAUUCUCUCUAAUAAGAUUGACUUAUGCAUUGUAUGCGUCACUUAACGAUUAACAUACAAUAUAACUAUGUUCAACUUUUACUCUCAGAAAACAACCGCUUUACUUUGUCAGUCUAUUCUGUGUAAAGAGCCAUGUCUUUGACAUUUAAAUUUUUAG